CACUUAUGUUUCAACCUUCAUCGACGAUUCAACUAUCUCAUUAGAAAAUGACAGGACGCGGCAAGGGAGGAAAAGGCCUUGGCAAAGGAGGAGCCAAGCGUCAUCGAAAAGUGUUGCGUGACAACAUCCAGGGCAUCACCAAACCCGCUAUCCGUCGUUUGGCUCGUCGUGGUGGAGUGAAGAGAAUUUCCGGUCUCAUCUACGAAGAAACCAGAGGAGUACUGAAGGUGUUUCUGGAGAACGUUAUUCGUGACGCCGUUACUUACACCGAACAUGCGAAGAGGAAGACUGUCACCGCAAUGGAUGUCGUUUACGCGUUGAAGCGGCAGGGACGUACUCUUUACGGAUUCGGGGGAUAAAUUAGUUUCAUCGACUCAAAAC